UUGCGGCGAUACGAGCGUGAGGAUUUGGCGGGAUUUCUGAAAGUCGCACGCCCCGCGCAGAUCCGCGCCUGGGCAAAGCCGAGGCGUCCCCGGAAGUGUGGCUAGGAGGACUCCGAUUUUUCUCAAGACUUUCGUAGAAGACCUGACGGAGGAGUUAGGAGGUGCGUUCGAGCCGGGUGACGGGAGGGAACGAGCGUGGUGUGUGCAGAGCCGACUGCCGGGAGGAGCGAGCGGCCCACGGCUGCGGGACAGGUGCUAAGAACUGAACCUGGAUCUGUAAGAGCAGCAGUUGAUCUUAACCUGUGCAUAGGUCUUCAAAGUAAUGGCUAUGCAAAUGCAGCUUGAAGCAAAUGCAGAUACUUCAGUGGAAGAAGAAAGCUUUGGUCCACAACCUAUUUCACGGUUAGAGCAAUGUGGCAUAAAUGCCAAUGAUGUGAAGAAAUUAGAAGAAGCCGGUUACCAUACGGUGGAGGCUGUUGCUUAUGCACCAAAGAAGGAACUAAUAAAUAUUAAGGGAAUUAGUGAAGCCAAAGCUGACAAAAUUCUGGCUGAGGCAGCGAAAUUAGUUCCAAUGGGUUUCACCACUGCAACUGAAUUUCACCAACGCCGGUCAGAAAUCAUACAGAUUACUACUGGCUCCAAAGAGCUUGACAAACUACUUCAAGGUGGAAUUGAGACUGGAUCUAUCACAGAGAUGUUUGGAGAGUUCCGAACUGGGAAGACACAGAUCUGCCACACGCUGGCUGUGACAUGCCAGCUCCCCAUUGAUCGUGGUGGAGGUGAAGGGAAGGCCAUGUACAUUGACACCGAGGGCACCUUUAGGCCAGAGCGGCUGCUAGCAGUAGCUGAGAGAUACGGUCUCUCUGGCAGUGAUGUCCUAGAUAAUGUCGCAUACGCUCGAGGGUUCAACACAGACCACCAGACCCAGCUCCUUUACCAAGCCUCAGCCAUGAUGGUAGAAUCCAGAUAUGCACUGCUAAUUGUAGACAGUGCUACUGCCCUUUACAGAACAGACUACUCAGGUCGGGGAGAGCUUUCAGCCAGGCAAAUGCAUUUGGCCAGAUUUCUGAGGAUGCUACUUCGACUUGCUGAUGAGUUUGGUGUAGCAGUGGUAAUCACCAACCAGGUGGUAGCCCAAGUGGAUGGAGCAGCCAUGUUCGCUGCAGAUCCCAAGAAACCCAUUGGAGGAAACAUCAUCGCUCAUGCAUCAACCACCAGGCUGUACCUCAGAAAAGGAAGAGGAGAGACCAGAAUCUGCAAAAUCUAUGACUCUCCCUGUCUUCCUGAGGCUGAGGCUAUGUUUGCCAUCAAUGCAGAUGGGGUGGGAGAUGCCAAGGACUGACCUGUUAGGGCUUCUUUCCUGUGGUAAGCUUCAACAUGCCACAUGGCUAAUGAAGAGGACUGUUCACUGGGCUUCUCCACAGGCUCAUGCUGAGACUGCUGGGGUGUGGCUUCCAGGAAACAACUAUU